AUGCGACGUAUCUUCGGAGCAUCCGGCAAGAAGGAGCCACCACCAAAUCUAGGUGAUGCAAUAUUGAAUAUUGAUUCACGAGCUGAGACUAUCGAUAAGAAGAUCGGCAUGCUCGAUGCGGAUCUCGUCAAAUACAAAGAUCAAAUGAAGAAAAUGCGUGAGGGCCCAGGCAAAAAUCAACUCAAACAAAAAGCUCUUAGAAUUUUGAAACAGAAACGUAUGCUCGAAAAUCAACGAGAUCAAUUGUCGCAACAGUCGUUUAAUAUGGAACAAAGUAAUUUCGCUAUUCAAGGAAUGAAAGAUACUCAGGCUAGUUUCAUCGUAUUCGGUCGGAAAUUUAGUCGGAGAAUUUUGCUGACUUCGACUACAACAGUUGCGGCCAUGAAAGGCGGCUUGAGGACCAUGCAAAGGGAAUACAAAAAUUUGGAUAUUGAUAAGAUCGAGAAUCUUCAAGAUGAAAUGGAGGAUAUGCUGGAUUUGAACAAUGAAAUACAGGAAGCGAUGGCACGCUCGUAUGCGACCCCUGACAUCGAUGAAGCUGAUCUUGAAGCAGAACUAGAAGCGUUGGGUGAUGAACUGGAAUUGGACGCUGAUAGUUCGUACUUGGAUGAGGCGUUGAAUGCUCCUGGUGUGCCAUCCAGAGAGCCUGGAGCUGCCAGCGCGGUGGCAGAAGGCGGUGUUGCAGUGGAUGAAUUUGGACUUCCGAAAGUUCCUGCACAUAACUAG